AAUACGUUUGAGGAAAUUCCUAAGUAUGUUAAUUUAGAAGAAAAAGAUACUUGCACAGUUUGUCAAGAUAUAAUUAGUCCAACUCUUCAAGAAUCAAUUACAAUUUUAACAUGCCAGCAUUUUUUUCACAAAAAAAUGUAUAAGCCAUUAG